AUGUCUCAUCCUCAAUCCACCUUUCACCACACAACCUUUGCCCCAGGCUCUGUCCUGUACCGCCGACGUACAACAGUCGCAAAGACAACUCUGCACACCCAGCUCAAGCGUCUUCGUGAAACAGGUCGCUAUGAUUGCUUCAAGUUGCAAUGGCAUGAGAUCUAUGACGACAAGUCCAUGUGGCCAGUCCCCUUUCACCUCUUCUGGGAUAGUGACAUAGCAAAGUGGAUUGAAGGCGCAUGUUACUUUCUUCAUGACGAGUUUGAUGCCGAGAUCGACGCUGCAGUAAAGGAGCUGGUCGAGACUAUUCGUGGCGCGCAGCAGGAAGAUGGAUAUCUAAAUGUUCAUUAUACCGUGGUUGAGCCAGGGAAAAGAUGGACCAACUUGCAAGACAUGCAUGAGCUGUACAACGCAGGCCACCUCAUCGAAGCCGCUAUAGCACAUCAUCAUUACUACAAGAACAACUUGCUACUAGAACCCAUAGAAAAAUACGUUGCUCUCAUUCAUCAAACCUUUGGGCCUGCAGACAACCAACUACACGGUUACCCAGGCCAUCCAGAGAUCGAACUGGCCCUAUUCCGACUUUACCAAGCUACUGGUAAUCAGGAAGCGUACGACCUAUCUAGAUACUUCAUAGAGGAGCGGGGCAACAAGACAGGUCAAGCCGGAGAACAUUAUUUCGAAUGGGAGUCGAAGCAGCGAGGUCAGAAUCCCUACCAGAGACCUGACAGCUACCCAGAGCAUGGCUCUCACUGGUACUGCCAAGCCCACAAACCCAUCCUGGAACAAGAUACUGUGGAAGGUCACUCGGUUCGAGCAAUGUAUCUCUUGACCGCCGUCGCGGACAUGGUCUGCAUCGACAACCAAACCCUCCAAGCCUCAUCAGACUGGAAGAACACACUAUACCGUCUAUGGAAUAACAUGGUCGACAAGAAAAUGUAUCUCACCGGUGGUAUAGGCGCCAUAAAACAAUGGGAGGGUUUCGGUCGCGAUUACUUCCUUCCGCAAAGCACUGAUGAAGGAGGCUGUUAUGCUGAAACGUGUGCUUCCAUCGCAGUCAUGAUGCUUGCAGAGCGACUCCUCCACAUCGACCUCGACGGGAGGUUUGCAGAUGUCAUGGAAUUGUGUCUAUACAACAACGUCAUGACUUCAAUGAGUCUUGAUGGAAAAGCCUUCACGUAUGUGAACCAGCUUGGAAGUUCAGAGAGUGACAAGAGCGUUCGCGAGGAGUGGUUCUGGUGUGCCUGUUGUCCACCCAAUGUCACGCGUCUGUAUGGAUCCCUGGGCGGAUAUCUCUGGGACUUUGGCGAGACCUCCGAAAAUGAAGUGUACAUCAACGUGCACUUGUAUUCGAAGGCUAAUCUGAAGUUCGAGGUCGCUGGAAAGGAAGUCUCCUUAGAACAGGACUCAGAUUGGCCAUGGGAUGGGCUUGUCAAGUUUCGUCUGUCAGCCCCCGAGUCACUGAAGACCACGAUACGACUCAGAAUCCCUGGCUGGUCCCGAGGUCAGUAUCGUGUUAGCCCUGAGCCAAGUCAACAAAGCUUCAAUAUACACAAAGGCUAUAUUACCCUCUACUCUACUUAUGUUGCCAAGAACCCAGAGUUCUCUUUGAACAUCGGCAACUUCAAACCUUUAUACAUUGCGCCCCACCCAUACACCAACCAGCGGACAUUAACGCUUACCCGAGGACCUAUUGUUUAUUGUAUGGAGGACGCUGAUAAUACCUGGGAGGACAACCACUUCAAAGAUGUCGGGUUAAAGGCGACCAUGGGGGUAGAUGAAGAGAGGACGACUAUCGGGGAUGAGGAGUAUGUUGCACUCAAGACGUCUUGUUGGCGUCGAACGUUGGAAGAUGCCGAGACUGGCGUGGCUCCUGGUACUCUAGUUGAUUGCGAAGAAAGUAUGGGUACAAAGAUGGAAGCCACCUUCGUGCCGUACUAUCUACGAUCAAACAGAGGAGGCAAUGGGCACAUGAGAGUUGGGCUAAACCGUAUCUAA